GCAGCCCCAGCUGUGACCUGCAUAUUUUGCCACAGGCAGGGCAAGCAUAACCAUUGUCCGCAGGUGGUCGAUUUAGAUUUUCUUUUCGUCGUCGUUUGUCCUCGGCAGCAGAUUUUCUUUUCGUCUCAAAUGUGUGUAUAUAUAAUAUAUAUGGCUCCUUUUGUCUCGAAAUGCAAUGGAUGCGCCCAGAUAAUAUUCCUGGAGUCGGCAGUUACAAUCUGUUAGGUGAUCAUCAUGGUCCUAUUAAAGACUUGGAACUGAACAGAACAAGAUCCCUUAGCGGAUUAGAGCAAAGUGGAAGGACAUAUAAAGACAUAGGGUACAGACUCCCAGACAACAUUGAAAUGCAAAAGAAACUAAAAGAAGCGCAGGAUCAAAUCAAAAGCUUGGACAUUCUCCUCACGGGGGCCAACAAACAAAAGGAUAUGUUUGAAAAAAUUUAUAAAGUCUUGGAACAGAAGUUGUCUUCAGGUGAACAAAAUCUGAAAGAGCUAGAAAGUGAAAAGAACAAAUUAAACAAAGCCAUUUCAGAAUUGCAGAAGGAAAAUACAGAUUUGGAAAGCAAAAGAGCCAGCGCUGAACAUGAGAGCCAUGCUAUUUCUGCUCAGCUGGAAAAGGAAAAGAACACUGUAAAGAAUCUACAGAAAGAAUGCUCGUCACUUCAGUCUUAUGUCUGUAAACUUCAGAAUGAGGUGAAAGAACUAGAAUCUGAGAAAAUCAAAUUAGCCAAAAUCAUUUCAAAGUUGGAAAACACUAAAGCUAAUUUGGAGAAAGACAGGGAUGCCAUCUCUUCUUGUUUGAAUGAGGAAAAAGAAAGGUAUAAGAAAGAAUGUGCCACUUUGAUGUCAACAAUAACACAGUUGCAAAGGGAGGGGAAAAUCUAUGAUGAGGAAAACAAUCAAAUGGACAGAACAAUCCAAGAGCUAGUGACAAUGAAUGCCAGUCUAGAGAAAACUAAAGAUAUCAUUGCUACUCAGCUUGAAGCCGAGAGAGACAAGUCACAGAAAGAGUUAAAAUCAUCCAUAUCAGUAUUACUAGAGGAAUCAGAGGCAGAGAAAGUCAAGUUAAGCAGUAGAAUAACGGAGUUACAGAAAGAGACUUUAGAAUUGGGAAAGAAAUUAGAAAAUACUGAGCAAGAGUUUCAAUCUGUUUCAUCCCAACUUUUGGAAGAAAAGAGUUCAGUCAGCACUAUCAAAGAAGAAUGCUCAGCAAUGAAUUUUACCAUUUUAAAAAUGGAGAAUGAAAUAGCAGAUUCGAAAACUGAAAAAAUUAAUUUAGUCCAAGGUUUAUCAGAGUUAGAAAACGUUACAGCUAGUCUUGAGAAAGACAAAAAUGCCCUCUCUUCAUGCAUAGAGGAGGAAAUAGAAAAGUCUAAAAAAGAAUGUUCAGUUUUUAUGUCAUUAAUAACAGAACUAAAACAGAAACUUGAACAUUUUCACUCAGAAGUGGUUCAAUUAAAAAUAACAAUUGAUGAGCUAGAGAAAAAAAAUGCUAGCUUAGAGAAUGAUAAGAAAGCUAUUUCUUCCCAAUGGGAAUUCGAAAGAGACAAAUCACAGAUUGCACUUGAAGAAUCAGAGGCAUAAAAAGAUAAAUUGAAUGCUAUGAUAUCAGAGGUACAGAAAGUGUCAUUGGAGUUGGAAAAGAAAUUAGAAGAUUCAGUACAAAAGUGUCAAGCGAUUUCUUCUGAACUGAAGGAAGAGAAGAUCUCAGUCAGCACUGAGGAGUACUCAUUGAUGAAGUUAGCUGUUUCAUCAAUGGAAACUGAAUUAGCAGAUCUAAAAGCUGAAAGAACAACUUUAGUUCAGACUAUGUCAGAAUUAGAAAAUGCUAGAAUCUGCCUUUCUUCUCGCCUUGAUGAGGAGAGAGACAUGUCAAAGAAAGACUUAUCGAUUUUAAUGUCAUCAGUUGUAGAGCUAAAAAAUGAUAUUGAAUAUUUUCAAGUGGAAAAAAAUCAUUUAAAUGAAACCAUCAAUGAGUUAAAGAUGAAAAACACUGGGUUAGAAGAAGAUAGAAAAGCCUUGUCUUGCCAGCUGGAAGAAAAGGCAGAGAGACAUGUAGCAGAAUUAUUGGAAGAAAAAGUCAAGACUAAAUGAUAUUAUUGCUGUUUUGCAGACAGAGUCUUUAGCAUUGAAAAACCAAUUAACUAAUUCUGUUCAAGAAUGUCAAGUUCUUUCAACACAACUGAAUGAAAAAAAUGUGAAAUAUUUAGAAAUGAAGUCAACCAUCUCAAGAUUGGAUGAAGAAGUUACAUAUUUAGAAAAUACAAAAGCUAGCCUGGAAAUGGAGAGGGAUAGCAUCUCUUCCAGUAUGAUAGAGGAGCGAGAAAAGUUUCAUAACGAAUGUUCAGUACUGACAUCUUCAAUCUUAGAAUUACAGACCACAGUAACAAACUAUGAAGGCAAGAACAAUGUCUUGAAUAAAACUGUACUAGAACUGCAAUCUAAAAAUGCUCAUUUAGAAAAUGAUAUGAAUAUCAUUUCUUCCCAGCUAGAUGCUGAGAGAGUCAAGUCAGCAAAAAAGAAUUUUGAGCUUAAGUCGACCAUAUCUGCAUUGCAAGAAGAAUCUCAGUCAGAAAAAGACCAAUUGAAAAUGACCAUAUCUGCAUUGCAAGAAGAAUUUCAGGCAGAGAAAGACCUAUUGAAAAUGACCAUAUCUGCAUUUCAAGAAGAAUUUCAGGUAGAGAAAGACCAGUUGAAAAUGACCAUAUCUGCAUUACAAGAAGAAUCUCAGGCAGAGAAAGACCAGUUGAAAGCUGCCGUAUCAGAAUUACAGAACGACACCAUAGAAUUCAAAGAGAAAUUAGAUUACACUAAGCAAGAGUGUCAAACUGUUUUGUCUCAACUGCAUAAAGAAAGGGAGUCUCUAAACUCAUACAAAUUAGAAAACUCACAGAACUAUUUUGAAUAAAGAGAAAGAAGUAGCAGAUUUGAAAGCUGAAAUUAGAAAUCUAGCUAAUACUUUAGUGGAAUCAGAAUACAUUAGAAACGACCUUGAGAAAGGCUUAGCUGAUGAAAGGGAACAAUUCAAGAAAGAAUGCUCCGUUUUGAACUCAUCAGUAGCAGAACUGACGCAGAAGCUUGAGCACUGUGAGAAUGAGAGAAGUAACUUGAAUCAAACAAUACAGGAGCUCAAGACUAUGAUUGUCCAUUUGGAAAACGACAAGGAGGCUUUGUCAUCACAGCUGGAAGAAAACUGGAAACUAAUUAAAAAAAUAGAGCCUUUCAGAGAUGUCUUGGAUAAUUUUCAAAUGGAAAAAAAAUUCUUGUUGGAAACAGACAAAUAUACAAGUGAGCAAAUGGAAAGAUAGACCAAAGAAGCCAUUAAAAACAUGGGUCAUCAAAACCAUCGCCAGAAAGUCUAAUAUGUGGAGACUUUGAAAAAGAUUGCUCCGGUGGUUGCUACUACACAAUGCGACUCUUCCAAAAUGACAGACACCUGGCGAACCAAGAAUUCCUUUUAAAGGAAAAAAAAUGCUGUCUGAAUCUGAGUGCAUGUGCCCAGUAUGCAUUAGCUUACUCAUCCAGCCUGUAACAUUUCCCUGCAAUCACUCACUGAGUUUAAAAUGUUACAAGGAAACAGUGGAAAAAGCCAACCUCUCAUGUCCAGUCUGCAGGAAGCACAUUUCAGUCUGGGCCAGAAAAGCUGCCAAGGAAAAUAAAUUGAUAAACAUGGAAAAGUGGAAAGACAUCCAAGAGGCCUUCCCUGAAAAAGUGAGGCGCAGGCUGGAAGCCAGUGAAGAAAGCAACAGUGAAGAUGAAGAAGAUGAUUUUGAAGCCCAGGAAAGAAGACAAAUUUCCUGUCCUGGAGAAAUCAGACAAGAAUAUGAAGCUGCUAUUCAGCAGAUUCAGCAAAAAAAGGACGAACAGGCAAAGAAAGAGGAGGAGGCCAGUAAAGUAAAUUUUGAAGCUCUGCAACAGGAAGAAUUUUUGUCAGAAAAUGUGGAAAUAGAAGAGAAAGCACUGAUGCUUGAAUAG